CCCAUGACUAACAACGCGCGCGCGCGCGUGUGUGUGUGUGUGUGUGUGUUUGUUUGAGCAUAUGUUGGGGGUGUAACUGGAAACCCUGCGAGGCGCACAACUGGUCGACUGGUUCAUCUGGAGGAAUUUUUGCGCCCCACCAAACUCUUCAGUGCCGGGCGGGCUGUGCGUCUCGGUCGUUUAAAAUAUUAACUUUAUUUCUUCACAUGAGCGAAGCUGAGCGCACCCGCAUCCUGACCUCAGCCUUGUUGAGUCGGUAGAGGAAUGGCUGUGCGGUCCAGGACGGGAUUCUACCGGCAAGAGGUAAACAGAACUGUGUGGGAGGUUCCGGAGAGGUACCGGGACUUGAAGCAGGUCGGGACAGGAGCCUACGGAACAGUCUGCUCAGCAUGGGACCGCCGGACAGGAACACAGGUGGCCAUCAAGAAACUCCACCGACCCUUCCAGUCCAAACUUUUUGCUAAAAGGGCUUACAGAGAGCUGCGACUCCUGAAACACAUGAAGCAUGAAAAUGUGAUUGGACUGCUGGAUGUUUUCACUGCUGAAAUCUCAUUGGAUCGGCUUCGUGACUUUUACUUGGUGAUGCCGUUCAUGGGCACUGACCUCAGCAAGUUGAUGAAGCUGGAGAGAUUGUCAGAGGACAGAGUGCAGUUCCUUGUCUAUCAGAUGCUGAAAGGACUCAAGUACAUCCACUCUGCAGGGAUCAUCCACAGGGACCUUAAACCUGGAAAUUUAGCCAUUAACCCGGACUGUGAGUUAAAGAUUCUUGACUUUGGCCUGGCAAGGCAGGCAGAUGCAGAAAUGACCGGCUACGUUGUGACACGCUGGUACAGAGCGCCAGAGGUUAUCCUCAACUGGAUGCACUAUACGCAAACUGGUAAACUUUCAUAUAUUUUGCAAAAUAUAUCAGCAGGUGUAAGGGGAAAAAUAAGAUUCAGUGGGAAAGCUGAUGUUUGCUCUGUUGCAGUGGAUAUCUGGUCUGCUGGUUGUAUCAUGGCAGAGAUGCUGCUGGGAAAGCCGCUGUUCAAGGGAAGCGAUCACCUGGACCAACUCAGAGAAAUCAUGAAGAUUACAGGAACCCCAACUGCUGACUUUGUUUUGAAGCUACAAAGCCAAGAUGCCAAAAACUACAUCAGAAAUCUGCCGAAAGUACCAAAAAAAGAUUUGCACUCUGUUUUCUCCAAAGCUAGCUCAAAUGCUGUAUGUGUCUUGGAAAAGAUGCUGCUUCUCGACCCUGAGCAGAGGGUGAGCGCCUCGGAGGCACUGGAACUGCCUUUCUUUAGUGAGUUCAGAGACACAGAAGAGGAGACGGAGGCACUGCCGUAUGAUCAGACCAUGGACAACACAGACCUGCCACUGGACCAGUGGAAACGUCACACAUUCACAGAGAUUCUGACCUUCAGGCCAUCCAGGGACUCAAAGGAGACGUCUCUUUAAGAGCACACUUAACACACUGCAUACAGUCAAAACUGCACACACUCACACUUGAAACAUGCACCCAGAAAUAUUCUUGUCUCUUUUGUAUUUGUGUAGGAAUAAUGGAUGUUAUUAGUUUUUGCUUUCAAUAAAUGCAAUUUGCUCAA